AUGGAAGGUAUUUACUUUAAUAUAGACAAUGGGUUCAUUGAGGGAGUUGUCCGGGGGUAUAGAAAUGGGUUGUUGACGGGCAACCAGUACAUCAAUUUGACACAGUGCGAUACGUUGGAGGAUCUGAAACUUCAACUUUCGUCGACUGACUAUGGGAAUUUCCUGUCGUCCGUGCCGGCAGAGGCUUUGACUACGUCUGUGAUUCAGGAGAGUGCGUCCGAUAAGCUGUAUCAGGAGUUCAAUUACAUUCGGGACCAGUCUAGUGGGACGACAAAAAAGUUCUUGGAUUACAUCACGUAUGGUUACAUGAUUGAUAAUGUGGCGUUGAUGAUUACGGGGACGAUCCACGAUCGGGAUAAGGCGGAGAUUCUACAAAGAUGCCAUCCUCUGGGGUGGUUUGAUACUUUGCCUACCUUGACGGUGGCUACCGAUCUGGAGUCUUUGUAUGAGACUGUGCUUGUGGACACGCCUUUAGCGCCGUACUUUCGAGGUUGUUUCGAUAAAGCAGACGAAUUGGAUGACUUGAACAUCGAGCUAGUGAGAAACAAGCUUUAUAAGGCGUACCUCGAGGAUUUUUACCAGUUUGUCGCGGAGAACCUCGAACAGCCUGCUCGCGAAAUAAUGCAAUCUCUGUUGGAGUUUGAAGGGGACAGAAGAAGCAUAAACAUUGCGUUGAACUCUCUGCAGAGCCCCGACAUCGAUCCUGAGUUAAAGAGCGAGCUUCUGCCGGAUUUGGGCAAACUGUACCCCUUGGGAACCAGUCAUCUGGCCCAAGCUUCAGACUUUGAAGCUGUGAGAAGCGCAGUAAACAACGUCUACGAGUACCGGGGGAUCUUAGACUCCGGUAACCUGGAGGAUCAUUUUUACAAACUCGAGAUGGAACUAUGCAGGGAUGCCUUCACUCAACAAUUCACCGUUUCUACCAUUUGGUCAUGGAUGAAGUCCAAAGAGCAGGAGGUGAGGAACAUAACCUGGAUAGCAGAGUGUAUUGCACAAAACCAGAGGGAAAGAAUAAACAACUACAUUUCUGUCUAUUGA